AUGGUGAUUCAUUCAACUCUUCCCGACAUCAAAGUCCCUGAAACAGGUGUCAUCCAGUUUUUGUUCAAAACUAAUCCUCAUCAAAUCCCAGAAAAUCGUACACUGCUUAUUGAUGCUUUCACUGGUGAAAGUUUAACCUAUGGCAAGCUCAAGGAUAACAUCCUGCGCUUUGCUGCUACUCUGCAAGACAAGUUUGACUUUAAGCGUGGUGAUGUUGUUGCCAUCUAUUCUCCCAAUCAGUAUGAUUAUUCUGUACCUUUAUUAGGUGCUGUUGCUGCUGGCGGCUCUACCACCCCCGCUAAUCCUGCCUAUACACCCAAGGAACUUGCCUACCAGCUUGAAAUGACCAAAGCCAAGGUAUUGAUUGCUCAUCCCUCUAACGUUGAGCUUGCUUUGGCAGCAGCUAAUUUAGUGGGUCUUGCCAAAGACCACGUCUUUGUCUUUGGUGGUGAAUCUGUAAAUGGGGUGUUGCCCUACUCGCAAGUAUUCUUCAACGAACGUCGUGCUACUCCAGUUGAAUUUACGGCACAACAAGCCAAAGACUCUGUUGCCUACCUCUGCUUCUCUUCCGGCACGACUGGUAGAAGCAAGGGUGUCAUGACAACACACUCUAACAUUACAUCCAACGUAUUGCAAUAUCACGCUUUGGAUCACGCCUUUGUCAAUGCCAACAAGGAUGUGGCUCUUGGUGUGUUGCCUUUUUUCCAUAUCUUUGGUCUCACACUGUUGCUUCACGUAGUCUUGUAUUUGGGUAUUCCUCUUCAUGUGAUGCCUCGUUUUGAUCUUGUUCAGUUUUGUGAAACAGUGCAAAAGGAAAAGAUCACCUUUACUGCUCUUGUACCACCCAUCAUUUUGCUAUUGGCAAAGAACCCCUUAAUAGAUCAAUACAACUUUAGUUCUCUUAAGCUAGUCAUUUGUGGUGCUGCUCCUUUAGGUGUGGAUCUAUCUCAGCAAGUAAAGAAGAGAAUUCCCACCAUGAUUGUCAAACAAGGCUAUGGUCUUACAGAGACAUCUCCUUGUGCUAUUGUAGAGCCUACAGAUCGUGUUAUUGAUGGGUCCACUGGUCUUUUACUGUCCAACAUGACGGCCAAGAUUGUCGAUGAAGAAGGCAAAGAGGUCGCUCGUGGCGAGCGUGGUGAAUUGUGGCUCAAGGGCCCCAACAUUAUGAAAGGCUACAUCAACAAUCCCAAAGCAACUGCAGACUGCAUCGAUCAAGAAGGCUAUUUCCAUUCUGGUGAUGUUGCUCUUCAAGAUGAGAAUGGCCACUUUUAUAUUGUGGAUCGUAUCAAGGAGCUGAUCAAAUACAAAGGCUUCCAGGUGCCUCCCGCUGAAUUAGAGGCUAUUCUUCUCAGCUCACCCAUUGUCGCUGAUUGUGCAGUGAUUGGCGUCUACGAUUCAGAUCAAGCAACUGAACUCCCUCGAGGCUACAUCACAUUGAAGCCAGAUGUGCCAGAAACGGAGGAAACAGCCAAUGCCAUUAAAAAGUUUGUUUCAGAUCAAGUCGUUCAUUACAAACAAUUGCGCUCCAUCAAGUUCAUCAAAGAGGUGCCCAAGAGCCCUUCUGGCAAAAUCCUGCGCAGAAUCCUUAGAGAUUUGGCUGCUGAAGAAGACAAACUAUUGAAAUCAAAGAGCAAACUUUAA